AUGGACACAACUUUCAUGCCCAAAGCUUUAGCUAGCCACCACCACUGGUACUCCUCCAUUGUCGAUUCCAUUAAACCUAUGGGACCAUCAUCAUCAGAUGGCCAUCAUUCCAAACCAAUUCUUCUCUACACUUACAGCAAUGCAGUUCAUGGUUUCAGUGCAGUCCUUUCUCAAGAUGAACUCCAGGCUGUGAAGAGGUCUCCAGGGUUUCUCUCAGCUUACAGUGAUAGCCUUGCCACUCUUGACACAACCCACACCUUUGAAUUCCUCUCCCUCAGUUCUACCACAGGGCUGUGGCCGGCUUCAAAGUAUGGCAAAGAUGUUAUAGUGGGUGUUAUUGACUCCGGUGUCUGGCCAGAAAGUCCAAGCUUUCGAGAUGAUGGAAUGACAAAAAUUCCAUCAAAAUGGAAGGGGACGUGCGAGGAUGGACAAGAGUUCAAUUCUUCGUUGUGUAACAAAAAACUCAUUGGAGCUAGAUACUUCAACAAGGGAGUUAUAGCUGCGAAUCCUGACCUCGUCCUGUCUAUGAAUUCAGCAAGGGAUAUAGAUGGUCACGGCACGCACACUUCAUCUACAGUUGCUGGAAAUUAUGUUGAAGGUGCCUCAUUUUUUGGCUAUGCUCUGGGGACAGCAAGAGGGGUUGCCCCUCGUGCUAGGCUAGCAAUUUAUAAGGUCACCUGGAAGGAAGCAAGUACCCAAGCUUCUGACAUCAUUGCUGGUAUAGAUCAGGCUGUUGCCGAUGGUGUCGAUGAUUCUAUUGCGAUAGCUUCAUUUGGUGCCAUGGAGAAGGGUGUGUUUGUUUCUUGUUCAGCAGGAAAUAUGGGCUUACGAACUGGAAGAUUAAACAAUGGGAAUCCAUGGGUCCUAACCGUCGCAGCAGGCUCAAUAGAUCGUUGGUUUGCAGGGACAUUAACUUUGGGAAAUGGGUUAAUCGUCACAGGUUGGUCCAUGUUCCCCGCAAAGGCCGUAGUGGAAAAUUCACGGCUCGUUUACAACAAAACCAUAUCUGCUUGUAAUUCAACUGAGAUGUUGAAAGGAGAGCCAUAUGAAAUCAUCAUAUGCGAUAACACUGGGGAAUUCAGGGAACAAAUAGCCAAUAUUGCCGCUUCACGUUUUCGUGCAGGUAUCUUCAUAUCCGACAAUCCUAGAAUUUUUGAGUCCAAUUUUUUUCCUUAUCCUGGAGUUGUUAUUAGCCCGACGGACGGACAAAAAGUGAUCAAUUAUGCUUUAACUGCUGGUAUUUAUGAAUCUUCGGCCAGCAUUAAGUUCCAACAGACCUUUAUUGGCACAAUAACGGCACCGGUUGUUGCUGCUUACACUUCAAGAGGUCCUUCACCCAGCUAUCCGGGCAUCCUGAAGCCCGAUGUAAUGGCACCAGGGACAUUGGUCUUAGCCGCUUGGAGUCCGAAUGUUGAUACAGCUCAAAUUGAUUCCAAUAUCUUUGUGGCUAGUGAUUUCAAUGCCAUCUCGGGUACAUCCAUGGCUUGUCCUCAUGCGGCUGGCAUUGCCGCACUCCUCAAAGGUGUACACCCCAAAUGGAGUCCUGCAGCUAUUCGGUCCGCCAUCAUGACCACAGCAAAUCCAUUUGAUAAUACACAAAAUCCUAUCAAAGACAACGCCCUAGAUUUAGAAAUCGCUACACCUCUAGCCAUGGGAGCUGGUCAAGUUGAUCCAAACCGUGCACUUGAUCCAGGUCUUAUAUAUGAUGUUACUCCACAAGACUAUGUUGAUCUCCUUUGCUCCUUGAAUUUCACUCGGAAUCAAAUCUUAACCAUCACCAGAUCAAACAGUUAUCCUUGCUUGACCUCAUCUUCUGAUCUGAACUAUCCAUCAUUUAUCGCUUUGUACACUUACGGAGCCAUGGGCAUAUUUGUCCAGAAAUUUCAACGGACUGUCACAAAUGUAGGGGAUGGUGCAGCAACCUAUAAGGCUGAGGUGACCGCGCCAAAAGGCUCUGUAGUCACAGUAUCACCAGACAAAAUGGUGUUUGGGAAGAAGUAUGAAAAACAGAGCUACUUUUUGACUAUCCAUUAUUCAGCUGACGAGAAUGGAACUAAUACAUUUGGUUCUAUAAUUUGGGUUGAAGAUAACGGUAAGCACAGAGUGAGGAGUCCUAUAGUUGUUUCGACUACUAUAGAAGUUUGGGGAUCUUGAUUGGAUUGUCUGACCACAGAACAUCUAGAACAAGAAAACAUCAAUGAACUGCACAACAAUA